AUGGAUAGCCAUAUCGAGAAAAAUGCUAACUACAUUAGUUAUGAAGAGCGUAUUUCUUCCGAGAAGUACACAAAGCGCUUUUACGAGCGUCUUAGCUACAAUUGGGCCAUCUUUCCUUUGACCGUGGCAAUCUCAUUCGUAGCUUUAUACCGCGUAAGUACAUGGACCGGUCUAUAUGACAUGGUCGUCCAACAAGGGGUUUUGUGGACCACAGAUUGUACUGUUAUAGCGAUUGUUCAUGCGCCGUUUCUGUUGUCGCAACUACCCCCUUACUCCAUUUUAUGGGGUCUCUGUCUGCCCAUGCGGCCUUUUGCCCAAGCAGACUCAACCAAAAAGCGAGUAUUCCGCGAGCUCAAAGUGUGUUUGGUUACCAAAGGAACGAAUGUGCAGACAGUUCUGAACUCCGUCAAGCCGUGGCGAUUCUGCAAACAGUCAUCCAGUGUUAGCUUCCACGUUAUAUUGGACUCCUGCGAAGACAGAUUCAAAGCAAAACUUCCCAGAUUCGUCAAUAUAGUUAAGGUCCCAGCCUCGUUCCAACCCGAUCACGCAAAGUAUAAAGGACGGGCAUUGGAAUGGUGUCGACAACUCUGGAAAUUAUCAGAUCAAGACUGGGUCCUUCAUCUGGACGAAGAGACCGAGAUUGAUGAAUAUCUUGUCAAUGCCUGCCUGAAUUUCAUCGAGCGAGGAACGGAACAAGUUGGCAUGAGCGGAUUCCUCACGACCGCUGAGGUCUUUCGAGUAGCAGAAGACUUCGGCCGUUUCCAGCUUCCCCUUCGCCUGUUCAAACGCCCUUUGCUUGGAUGGAUGCACGGCUCCUUUAUAUUGAUCAACGGCGCUGUGGAGAACACGGUCACUUGGGAUACAGAUUGCCUAGCUGAGGACUUUUGGUUUGCAUUCCAGGCCGCCCGCCGCGGAUUCAAAUUCGGUUGGAUUCACGCCAUCGCGCGAGAACAACCUCCAAUCAGUGUACAUGACCUGAUUCAGCAGCGUAGGAGAUGGUACACAGGUAUCAUGUCAAUAGACAGCUGGCUGGUCAAAUCGGCACUUGUCAUUCCCAUGAUGGGGCCUCUCGUUUAUGCCUGCUUGUAA